AGUUUAUCGUCACCCGCGAAAAGAUCCGAAGCGAGACCAUGACAAGUCUGCGUUCUUUGGGAUUCGUGCGUUGUUUCUUCGUUGGUGCCAUUUGGAUCUCAAUUUUGGCAUUGCUAAUCUGUGAAAAUGCUUCGAUGGCCGAUGAAGUGCCUGCCUUCUUCCUGAAAAUCGCCAAGAAUAUUCCUCGCGUGGGACGCAGCGAAGGUUACGACGAUUUCUUUAAAUCUCGAAAAAAUCUUCCGAAACUUGGAAACCACGAUGGUCAGUCUGAAUCUUGGCCGCAAUAUUCUGUCGACGAGCCCUUUUCAAGACCUAUAAAAAGGCGGGUGGAUUAUCCAUCGGUUGAUGAUUGGUCGUGGCAACACUUUCCUCUCGCGAUAGAAGGACCACGAGAACUCUGGCGAACUCUGGCUGGUUAUUCCAAGGACACGUCGGACGACGUUGACAACGAAAUAUGGAAACGAAAAAAGAGGACGGGAAACGAACCCAUGGCUUCCGAGGAGAAUUAAUAUAAAUGGGACGACGUGAUGACGUUAUCAUGCCCGUGGAUGAAUAUAUUUAAUAGUCAUCGUCGGUGUUUAAGGUGUUGGGUAAACUAUUAUGAAAAAAAUAAACAUGUAAA